AUGUGCCUUGCUGAUUCUUUAAAACUUGAAAUUAAAACUCUCACAAAGGAAGUGAUGCUAAAGGUUUCGUUAUGUUUUGGUCACGAUAUUAUAAUAAAUAACAGUCUCCCUCAAACAAUAUGCAGACCUUGUGUGGAGAAGAUAGAAGAUGUCAAUAUAUUUCGUCAGAAAAUUAUACAAAAUCAAAAUAUCUUAUUAAAAUGGUUAAAGGAUGAUAAUAAAGAUGGUACAGUUGAUGAUAAUGAACAUGCAAAGUUAGAAAACAAAGAAAAUGAAAUAUUAAUAGAAAAUUCUAAUAUAAAAUUAGAACUAAAUGAGCAUGUUACUAAAGAAAACAGCAGUCCAAGUAAAUAUGAACUCGGUGACAAUGGAGAAAAAAUGGAUUCAGAAGAUGACAAUAUAUCUCUCUCCAUGAUAAAAAUAUCACAAGGAAACAAAGCAGAUAGUAACCAAAAUGAGAAGCACCCCAUAUCCACUUCAAACAAUGAAUCAAAUGAGAAAUCAAAUGGGCAACUCGAGAUAUAUACAAACUUCCCAUGCUUAACAUGUUAUAAAGUCACCGGUUCACAUAUUGAACUACUGAGACAUUAUAACGAAGAGCACAAACAUGCAGACAAAUUGCUAGAAGGAAAGACAUCCACGGAAGAAAAGUAUAAAGCUGUUACAUCUGAUGAUGGUUCUAUUCAAUACAAAUGUUCCAGUUGUGAAAAGUUAUUUGACAGCAAAAGAAAGAUCAAUAGGCAUACAAUUUCUCAUAUCGAAGACAGACCAUUCUUGUGUAAAUUGUGUGGUCGCACAUAUAAAACUGCUUCGGAGAUUGUGAGGCACGGGAGAGCUCACAGCGGCUACAAAGUUCCCUGCAGGUAUCAGUGCGGAUACAGCACAGUAUAUUUAGGUGCGCUGAAGGAACACGAAAGGCGGCACAGGACUGACUAUACGUACACCUGCGAGCAGUGCGGAAAGGGUUUCCAAGUUCUGACCUGGUACGAGCAGCAUCAGAACAUCCACACGGGGCUGAAACCCUUCGUUUGCGAGCUGUGCGGCGUCGCGUUUCACAUGGACAGGUAUUUAAAGGCGCAUAUGACCACAGUUCACCCUCAAGCCUCCAGCCGGAGGAGAUUCGUCUGUCUCCACUGCUCCAAACCCUGUGACUCGAAGAAGUGCCUUACGAUACAUUUGAAGGAGCACGGAAUAACGACUAAGUUCCUUUGCGACGUGUGCGGGAAGGUGCUCUCCGACGCCAGCCAGCUGAAGUUCCACAGGCGGAUGCAUCUCAACGUCAGACCUUACAGCUGUUCAGAUUGCGGCAAAUCGUUCGCGCGCCGCUGCAACCUGUCGCUGCACUCGCGCACCCACUCUGCACAGAGGGCGCACGGGUGCCCGAUAUGCGAGCGCCGCUAUUCGCAGCGCUCCACUCUGCGUCGCCACGUGCGCAGAUUCCAUAAGGGCAAUCUUGAUCCGGCGGAAAGUGAAACA